CAGCCCACAACCAUUUCCCUCAGGAUACGCAUUUGAACGAUGGCUCACUUGAACGAGCGCAAGGCCUUCGAGGAGGAAGUUGCGCAGGUCGAACGGUGGUGGAAGGACUCCCGCUGGUGGAAGACCACGCGUCCCUACACUGCGGCUGAGGUCGUCGCCAAGCGUGGCACGAUCCCCAUCUCGUACCCCUCAGACAUCCAGGGCAAGAAGCUCUGGCGUAUCCUUUCUGGGCAUUUCCAGAACGGCACUCCAUCGCAUACCUAUGGCGCCCUUGACCCCGUGCAGGUCACACAGAUGGCCAGGUACCUCGAAACCGUUUACGUCUCCGGCUGGCAGUCGUCGAGCACGGCGUCGACCACGCAUGAGCCAGGUCCGGACUUGGCGGAUUAUCCAUCCAACACGGUGCCUAAUAAGGUUGAGCACCUGUUCACGGCACAACUCUUCCACGACCGCAAACAGCGCGAGGAGCGCUCCCGCCUGUCGGAGGCCGAGCUCGCGAAGACGCCCGCCAUUGACUACCUCCGACCGAUCAUCGCUGACGCAGACACCGGCCAUGGCGGAUUGACUGCGGUCAUGAAGCUCGCGAAGUUGUUCGUCGAGCGCGGCGCCGCCGGAAUCCACAUUGAAGACCAGGCGCCCGGCACGAAGAAGUGUGGGCACAUGGCGGGCAAGGUGCUCGUGCCCGUGCAGGAGCACAUUAACCGCCUCGUCGCGAUCCGUCUCCAGUUCGACAUCAUGGGCGUGAGCAACCUCGUCAUCGCGCGUAUUGACUCCGAGGCUGCGACGCUUAUCACGAGCAACAUCGACGAGCGCGACCACGCGUACAUCCUCGGCUCGACGAACCCAAGCCUUCGCCCGCUCGUCGUCGAGCUCACGGAGGCCGAGCGCGCCGGCAAGACUGGUGCCGCGCUCGAAGCCGUCGAGGAGCGGUGGAUCGCGGCUGCGAAGCUCGAGCUUUUCUCGACCACGCUCAGCAACGCGCUCCGCGCACAGGGCGCGUCACCGGCGCAAGUUGACCAGUUCGCCAAACGCGUCGCGCACGUCUCGUGGCCUGCCGCUGUCCAGAUCGCGCAGAAGGAAUUCGGGCUGAAGCAGGUACCCUCCUGGGAUUGGGACGCGCCUCGCACGCGCGAGGGCUUCUACAGGUUCCAGGGCGGGACGCAGUCGGCGGUGUGGCGCGGAAUUGCGUACUCGCCGUACGCGGACCUGCUGUGGAUGGAGACGCAGAAGCCGAUCCUGGCACAGGCGAAGGAGUUCGCAGAAGGCAUCCACUCUGUGUGGCCAAAGCAGUGGCUCGCUUACAACCUUAGCCCUUCGUUCAACUGGGAGGCCGCCGGCUUGAACACGGAAGACAUGAAGUCGUACGUGUGGCAGCUUGGGAAGUUUGGCUAUGUCUGGCAGUUCAUCACGCUUGGUGGUCUGCACUCGAACGCGUACAUCAGCAACCUCUUCGCCAAGGCGUACGCGCAGGAGGGCAUGAAGGCCUACGUCGAGCUUGUCCAGCGGCCCGAGCGCGAGAGUGGGUGCGACGUGCUCACUCAUCAGAAGUGGAGUGGGGCGGACUAUGCGGACAGCCUGUUGAAGACCGUUACCGGUGGCGUGUCGUCCACGGCUGCGAUGGGCAAGGGUGUCACGGAGGAUCAGUUCAAGUCGAAGCUGUAAAAGGCGCGGCAGGAACCUUGCAGGAAUGUGGCGGCGCGGAGCACGUAUGGACUUUCUUGCUUGCUGGAUUACUUGUCAUACCACAGAUGUAUCAUUAGGAUCGAGUACAUGUGUCCUCUAUUCCGCCGCCUUUGUCGACCGAUGUUCAAACGCACUUCACGUCGAGCGUCCAACUUCGACGUCAUGUGACCCAUCGUCGACGAGUUGCACAAUAUUCAUCCCGAUGUAGAUGCGCUCUGUCUACGUUGUGUCUAUCAAGAUGCGUAACUUGUCU